AGGGAGCGCGGCGCGGCUGGGGGCGCGAGGUGCGGCGUGGAACCCGGUGGAGUGUGGCGUAGCUGUGGCGGAGCUUCCCGCUCGCCACACGCCGGGCGUGGGUCCCCGAAGGUCUUUCUCUGUCGUCUGUUCCUGAUGCCACUUAAUGUCAUAUCUUAAUGUCCAUUCCGUAGGGAAGGCCUGAGGCGUGAUGUUCUCCUUUAGUUCUGCUCCUCCGGACCACGCACGGUUGCAUGAUGGAAUUUGAACAUUACCUCAAGAGGUUUUAUGUUUUGGAUUAGCUAAUUGUGUUUGUCCUCUGCUGACUAUUUCUUCGGACUCACUUUUUGGUGUCCUUUUGAGGCAGUAAACUCAAAGGGAUUAUACCAUGGACUACAAGGAAAGCUGUCCAAGUGUAAGCAUUCCCAGCUCUGAUGAACACAGAGAGAAAAAGAAGAGGUUUACUGUUUAUAAAGUUCUGGUUUCAGUGGGCAGGAGUGAGUGGUUUGUCUUCAGAAGAUAUGCGGAGUUCGAUAAGCUUUACAACACUUUAAGGAAACAAUUUCCUGCUAUGGCCCUGAAGAUUCCUGCCAAGAGAAUAUUUGGUGAUAAUUUUGAUCCAGAUUUUAUUAAACAGAGAAGAGCGGGACUGAAUGAAUUCAUUCAGAACUUAGUUAGGCAUCCAGAACUUUACAACCAUCCAGAUGUCAGAGCAUUCCUUCAAAUGGACAGUCCAAAACAUCAGUCAGAUCCAUCUGAAGAUGAGGAUGAAAGAAGUACUCAGAAGCUACAUUCUACCUCACAGAACAUUAACCUGGGACCAUCUGGAAAUCCUCAUGCUAAACCAACAGACUUUGAUUUCUUAAAAGUUAUUGGAAAAGGCAGCUUUGGCAAGGUUCUUCUUGCAAAACGGAAACUGGAUGGAAAAUUUUAUGCUGUCAAAGUGUUACAGAAGAAGAUAGUUCUCAACAGAAAAGAGCAAAAACACAUUAUGGCUGAACGUAAUGUGCUCUUGAAAAAUGUGAAACAUCCAUUUUUGGUUGGAUUACAUUAUUCUUUCCAAACAACUGAAAAGCUUUAUUUUGUUCUGGAUUUUAUUAAUGGAGGGGAGCUGUUUUUUCACUUGCAAAGAGAACGGUCCUUUCCUGAACACAGAGCUAGGUUUUAUGCUGCUGAAAUUGCCAGUGCAUUGGGUUAUUUGCACUCCAUCAAAAUAGUGUACAGAGACUUGAAACCAGAAAAUAUUCUUUUGGAUUCAGUAGGACAUGUUGUCUUAACAGAUUUUGGGCUUUGUAAAGAAGGAAUUGCUAUUUCUGACACCACAACAACAUUUUGUGGGACACCAGAGUACCUAGCACCUGAAGUAAUCAGAAAACAGCCCUAUGACAAUACUGUAGAUUGGUGGUGCCUUGGUGCUGUUCUGUAUGAAAUGCUAUAUGGAUUGCCUCCUUUUUAUUGCCGAGAUGUUGCUGAAAUGUAUGACAAUAUUCUUCACAAGCCCCUAAGUUUGAGGCCAGGAGUGAGCCUUACAGCCUGGUCAAUUCUGGAAGAACUCCUAGAAAAAGACAGGCAAAACCGACUCGGUGCCAAAGAAGACUUCCUUGAAAUUCAGAAUCAUCCUUUUUUUGAAUCACUCAGCUGGACUGAUCUUGUACAAAAGAAGAUUCCACCACCGUUUAAUCCUAAUGUGGCAGGACCAGAUGAUAUCAGGAACUUUGAUGCAGCGUUUACAGAAGAAACAGUUCCAUAUUCCGUGUGUGUGUCUUCUGACUAUUCCAUAGUGAACGCCAGCGUACUGGAGGCCGACGACGCCUUUGUUGGUUUCUCUUACGCACCUCCUUCAGAAGACUUAUUUUUGUGAGCAGUCUGCCAUCAAGAACCCAUUGAGCAAAUAUAAGCCUACAGAUGACAUGGAAACUCCUGUUUGUGUGAAUAUAUUCAAAUAUGUUUAACUAGUGCCUCAUUUUUACAUGUAAUGUUAAAAACAAUGAAAAAUGUAUUUUCUGCUGUAUGCGAGAAAAUAGGGCAUUUCAGAGAACUAAGUUUUGAAUUAAAAUUUGUAUUCUUGUUUAUUAAGCUUAUUUUUAAACAGAAAUUUUAAAAGCUACUGUUCUUAGCAUUAACCUAUUUUUAAAGAAAACUUUUUUGCUAAUGACUGUUUCUUUUUCCCUCUAGGUUUAUGCUAACAUCUACCCAAGAUAGACUGUUUUUUAACAGUCUGUUUCAGUUCAGUUAACAUACAUUAAUGCCUUCGUAGCUCUCUACUUUGAGUUCUCAGAUCACAACUAUGCAAUUGGUACAUGGUUGUUUAAGAAGAAACCAUAUCUUUCCAUAAUGAAUCACUGUUUCACAUUAUCAUUUCUUGGUAGGAUUAAAAUAUAAAAGCAUAGUUAACUCAUUGGCUGCUAGCUAACACUUUGAGUAACUGUCCAUUCUGCAGAUCAAAUUAAGAAGUAACAAAAGGAAAUCCUAUGCUUUUGAAAUACCAGUUCAAAUUUAUGAAUUAUUUUUCCUCUGGAGGAAAAGUAAAAGUUUAAUAGAAAUUUAGAAAUUUUAAGUAUUCCCAAAGCUCUGAAGGGAAAUAAAGUACUGCUGGAUUUUGUUUUUUAAGGCGGUGCCAAAAGCGAAUAUCUCUGUGUCAUGUAUUUAUAUUACCAAUACAUUUUAUUUAUGUUCUUUUUGGUCUUUUGAAUAUUUAAUAUAUUGUUAAGUAGGUCGAAAUCUUGAUAUUUGUUUUUGCAAAUAGCUAUUCAAAACUGUCUUCCUAAUUGGUUGAUAAGUAAAAAAUAUUGCACUGUCUAGAGUAUUUACCUAAUUGGGAACUAAAAAGUAGAAUAGCAAAUUAUGGGUCAGUAUAAAUGUAUACAGUUUUACUACAAUGUAACAAAAGUUAAAAAUAAUUUAGGCAGAUGCAUAGUCAGUAUCUUAUGUAUCUUAGAAAAAGUACAGGAAGCUGACCUUAAAAUCAUACUAAAAACCAACUAACUUGUAUACUUGUAAUUGUGAAAAAGAAUAUCUACAGAAAAACUAAAACUCACGCUUACCUUGGGAUUCUGAUUUUUAGUUUAGAGAUUUUUCAGGUCUUGUAGGAAACUGUGAAAGAGUUUAGUGACGCAGUUUUGAUGCUUCAGGAACAAGCAUACUUUCCAUGUAUUUUCUCUUGAGAAAGAAAUUACAAAAACUUUUCACACGAAUACCCUUUAGCGUAAAAUUGUUCAGCAGAAGGCAGGGAGGCAGAGUGUACUUUUGUUAGAUUAGUAAUGUUUGCAUCCAAUACACUGAAUCUUCCUUUAGAGGUAAGACUUUAAUAGCGACACUGUAAAUAUUUGGUUUAUUUGGCACUACUGUAAGUUCUGCUUUUAUACAAAGCUCUUUGCUUAUUAUAAAACAAAAACUGUAGUUUCUUGUAUGAUUUUUUUUUACUCAGCUGUUCCUUAAUUAAACUGCCAAAAAUUAAAGUGCAAUAUUGUAUAUUUUUAAGAACAAAUUUUAAAUAGAAUAUUGAUGUUUCUCAGAUCACAGGAAAUACAAAUCUUAUAUAGUAUAAUAAAAACUAGCAAAAAGAUUAAU